AUGGGGUCCUCUCCACACGGUACGGGCCAAUCCCGCCCCGAUGAAUCCGGUAUUCGCUCGCCUGCCCAGGGCUUGAACUCAACACAUACCGAUUUGUCCAGUGAUAGCGAGGAGGAUAGUAUAGAUACGGUCAUCUUCGACCGCCAAUCAUCGCAAGGAAGAAGCCUGGGAUCUGCACCACUACUGAACAAUCAUGGACGGUUCCCUUCUGCAGACGAGGACACAAGUGACGAUGACCAGGACGGCGUUAUUGAUCAUGCGCAAGAAGAAGGAAAGCCAGUGACAUGGAUGUCGUUGCCUAAGAAAGGGCAGCUGGCGAUUUUGACAUUUGCGCGGCUGUCGGAGCCGCUUACCCAGAACUCUUUACAGGCCUAUAUGUUUUACCAGCUCAAAUCGUUUGAUCCGUCUUUACCCGACUCGAAGAUCUCGGCCCAGGCGGGCAUUUUACAAGGCAGCUUUACUGCUGCGCAGUUUCUCACUGCUGUCUGGUGGGGUCGAUUCGCUGAUGCUGGAUGGAUGGGCCGGAAGAGGGUCCUCCUGAUCGGCUUGAUGGGAACUUGCCUUUCAUCUCUGGGCUUUGGAUUCUCUCGAUCUUUUGCAUCUGCAAUGGUAUUUCGCACGCUUGGGGGUGUGUUGAACAGCAAUGUUGGUGUGAUGAGGACAAUGAUUGCAGAGAUUAUCGCUGAAAAGAAAUUUCAAUCACGCGCAUUUCUAUUACUCCCCAUGUGCUUCAAUAUUGGCGUGAUUAUCGGUCCGGUCCUGGGAGGCACGUUGGCCGAUCCUGUCAACAAUUUCCCCGCAAUUUUCGGCCCUGGGUCAAUCAUUGGCGGUAAGGAAGGUGUAUGGUGGAUGGAGAAAUGGCCGUACGCUCUGCCGAAUAUGCUUAGUGCGACAUUUAUUCUUGCUUCUUUCUUCGCUGUUUUCCUAGGUCUUGAUGAAACGCACGAGACUGCUCGGUAUCGCGUCGACUGGGGCCGCAAACUAGGCAAGAAGAUAGCGAGGUUUUGCUCUCGACGGCCUCGGCACUAUCGUCUACUUAAUGGCAAUGGAGACGACGGGUCUCUAUAUAUGGAAGGAAGCGUGGGGACAUGGUCUACACCAUCAAGCCCCGUUCGCUCACGGAUGCCAUCUCGACCGCACAAGCGGCCAGGCUUCCGACAAAUCUUUUCGAAAAAUGUCCUGCUCACCCUUCUGGCGCACUUCCUCCUCGCCAUCCACACAAGCGCCUUUAACGCAAUGACAUAUAUUUUCCUACCAACUCCCCGAGCUCCCGAAAACACACGCGACGAUUUCUUUCACUUCGGCGGAGGCCUCGGUCUACCAUCCGCCCGGGUCGGUCUCGCAACCGCCGUUAUCGGCUUCAUCGGCCUUCCCCUCCAGAUAUUCCUCUACCCUCGUAUCCAAGGAAAGCUAGGAACUCUCACCUCAUUUCGCACAUUCCUCCCUUUUUCACCUAUAUCAUACCUCCUCAUGCCAUUUCUGGUGGUCCUUCCCCGUAUACCGUGGAUUGUGUGGCCAUCUUUCGCCGUUGUCGUGUCACUGCAAGUUAUUUCGCGCACCUUUGCCUUGCCUGCAGCCAUUAUUCUGGUGAACAACUGUGUCACCGAUCCAUCUAUUCUUGGGACGGUGCAUGGUGUCGCGCAGAGUAUAGCCAGUGCCGCACGUACUCUGGGCCCCUUUCUUGGUGGCUGGGGCCUUGGGCUCGGCCUUGCGAACAAUAUGGUUGGUGCCGUAUGGUGGGCUCUAGCUGUUGAAGCGACCAUCGGUUGGUUUGUUUUGUGGACUAUUCAUGAAGGGAAGGGGAUUGAGCGGCCGGAGGAGGUAGAAGAGGAACGAGAUUGA